UUUUUAAAAUUUACAGGAACACCUUGUUAUUGCGCCAUGGACUAUAUUCCGCCAAACUUAAUUUUAAAGGUUGUCUUAUCCUAAUUUAUAUAAUUUAAAUAUCAUUUAAAUAAAUUACACUAUCAUGGAAAACGAGCGCGAAAUUGAACACUUUGGAUUUUCGGCCGAACAUAUAUCAAUCGAGAGAAAAUACUUCAUAAAGAAAAUACUAAAUCUCGCCCUCGAUCAUGUUUGCAGUAAAAUUGUUUGCUCACCAGAGACUUCUGCAAUUUUGGCACAGCAGAAGGAUGACAUUGUACGAAACAUAAUGGAGGAUAAGUCUAUAAGUCGUGCCAUAGCAACUGCCGAAAAGAUGGACAAGAAAUACUUUGCAGUUCCGGAUCAUGUGUUGUUGCCACCAUAUUUUGAUCAUGCCAAGCAGUAUGAGGACAAGGAUGAAAAGGAAAUCGAUGAUCAAAUUGAGAGUCACAGGAAGAAAUUUCUUGAGAAUUCCAUGAUGUUGGCGUCACUAAAAAUUGAAAAUGGUCAAUACAAAAGCCUGGCGCCGUUCAUAGAGGACGAACUAAAGGUGCAUCGUCAACUGGAGGAUAGUUUUAAAUGCUUGAAUAUGAAAGAAAUUUAUGAAUUAGUUGACAAAACAAUGUCAUUAUCUAAUAAAGGUAAUUAAAAGUUAUUGGUUAUAAAUCCCAGA